AUGAACACAACGCGGAUUCUUCUCCCUAUCGGCAACCGGCUCAAGCUCCCCGCCGUCUGUAGCCUUCGCCUCGUCAAUCGCUUCCCUACAAAGAUUGGUCUCCCAUUCUAUCCCUUCAAACGCCAGUAUCUCCACCAGGUCCCAGCCGCAAUGAAUACUCCCGACAAUUAUCGACGCGAUGUCCUAUCAAAACGGGACCCUACCAUGGAAUCAUUCUUGAACAACGCCGACAACCUGGAACGACUCAUCCAAAUGGAUGGAUUCAAGACCUGGGGCUUCGUGAUUUAUCGCUGCACAUAUCAAAGUGACUCUGAUUGGGAAACGUUCAUGACUCGCUUCCUCUACCAUGUUAGGCAUUCUCUCGAUUUCUACAGCGGUCUGGAUCUACUAGACAGCUUCGCCCCAACAGUCUUCGAAGAUAGAUCCUUUGAUGGCGCAACUACCGCUCUUGUACGCAAGCAUUUCCAAGAGUGGGCUGCAACGGCGCCGCCAGUGGAGCAGCCUGUUGGCUACUCUGACUAUCCAGAAGCGGGCCGGUAUAAGUUUUUCCUUAUGGUGGACCAGGAGGCUUUAGAGUCUGUCCUGGGCGUACCUGAUCCGGAGGAGUGUGAUAGCGAUGGCUUUGUGCGCCUGGUCAACGGAUUUUGGGAACCGGAGGUACUGGACGCAGGUGAACUGGCAGAGCGUGGAGUAUCUAGCCAGUCGGAACUGGAGCAGGAGGAGCCUCUGGAAGGGCUUACCAUGCUGGAUGUCGGCUGGAUGAAAGUAUGUUAUAGUGACGCACAAACAUGGGGGUAUUUGAGUAUGCUUGACGGCUUUCGCUGGUUGAGGUAUUACCAGCGUCCUCCACUUAUUCAGAAAUAUUUAUAG